AUGUCGGACACGUGGAGCUCCAUCCAGGCCCACAAGAAGCAGUUGGAUUCGCUGCGGGAGCGGCUGCAGCGGCGCAGGAAGCAGGACCCGUGGGACCCCACCCCUCCCCGCACCUCGAGCCCGGCCCCUCCCCCUCCCUCCUCCUCCUCCUCCUCCCCUCCCCCUCCUUCCUCCUCCUCCUCCUCUGCGACGUCAGCGCUGACGUCAUCAUCGUCCCGCCCCCCCGCCGCCGAUGACGUCACCGCCUGCGACCCCGCCCUCGAGCGCCGCCUCCUCCUCCUCCUCGCCGACCCCCCCCUGGCGCUGCCCGCCGACGCCGACGCCCUCUGCCGCGUCAUCGCCGCCGAUGACGUCACGGCGACGCGCGUCGGCGUGGAGAGCCUGCUGCAGAAGUUCGCGGCGCAGGAGCUGAUCGAGGUGCGCCGGGGGCUCCUCCCCCCCGACGGCGCCAUGGUGGUCACCUACGCCGACCGCUCCAAGCUGAGCGCCAUGACGGGCGGGGCCGUGACGUCAGCGGUGACGUCAUCGCAGCCGCAGCACCACCACGGGGGGGGAGGGGGAGGAGGAGGAGGAGGGGGAGGGGGGGGAGGGGGGGGGAGGAAGAGGAAGGCGGAGCAAGAUGGAGGCGGUGGGGGGGGGACGGCGGCCAUAGGAGGGGGGGGAGGUGGGGGAGGGGGAGUGGGGGAGGGGAAGGAGGCGAUGAAGAGGGCGCGCAAGAUGGCGUCCGACGUGGACCUGGAGAUCGAGAGCUUGCUGAGUCAGCAGUCCACCAAGGAGCAGCAGAGCAAGAAGGUGAGCCAGGAGAUCCUGGAGCUGCUGAACACGACGACGGCCAAGGAGCAAUCCAUCGUGGAGAAGUUCCGGUCCCGCGGGCGCGCGCAGGUCCAGGAGUUCUGCGACCACGGCACCAAGGAGGAGUGCGUGAGGGCCAGCGGCGCCGAGCGGCCCUGCCGCCGCCUGCACUUCCGGCGCAUCAUCAACAAGCACACGGACGAGUCGCUGGGCGACUGCUCCUUCCUCAACACCUGCUUCCACAUGGACACCUGCAAGUACGUGCACUACGAGAUCGACGCCGGCCCCAUGGCGCCGCCCCACAGCCCCCCCGCCGCCGCCCCACGGCAGCGCAGCCCCACACCAAAGGAGCUGGCGCGGCCCCCCGGCGGGAGCGACGCGGGCGCCGAUCGGCUCUUCCCACCGCAGUGGAUCUGCUGCGACAUCCGGUACCUGGACGUGAGCAUCCUGGGCAAGUUCGCGGUGGUGAUGGCCGACCCGCCCUGGGACAUCCACAUGGAGCUGCCCUACGGGACGCUCACCGACGACGAGAUGCGGCGCCUCAACAUCCCCGUGCUGCAGGACGAGGGCUUCCUCUUCCUAUGGGUCACCGGGAGGGCCAUGGAGCUGGGCCGCGAAUGCCUCAACCUCUGGGGGUACGAGCGCGUCGAUGAGAUCAUCUGGGUGAAGACCAAUCAGCUGCAGCGCAUCAUCCGCACCGGCCGCACCGGGCACUGGCUCAACCACGGCAAGGAGCAUUGCUUGGUGGGGGUGAAGGGCAACCCCCAAGGCUUCAACCGCGGCUUGGACUGCGACGUCAUCGUGGCCGAGGUGCGCUCGACGAGCCACAAGCCCGACGAGAUCUACGGCAUGAUCGAGCGGCUCUCGCCCGGCACGCGCAAGAUCGAGCUCUUCGGGCGGCCGCACAACGUCCAGCCCAACUGGAUCACGCUGGGGAACCAGCUGGACGGGAUCCACCUGCUGGACCCGGACGUGGUGGCGCACUUCAAGCAGCUCUACCCCGACGGCGUCAUCUCCAAGCCCAAAAACCUCUAGUUCCGCAGCCCCGAUUUGGGCU